GCGUGGGAUCAUAAGAGGAGGCUCUUCCAAAUCGACAUAAUAUCUGGUCAGAUCGGCGGGCUGAAAGGACAUGGGAAGCACCUGAAACUGAUGAUGGCGACAACUCCCAGGGCAGAUCUGAAACCUGGUUUUGAUCUUAGGAUUGAAGAGGGCUUUGGAGCUGGAGCUCUAGGGUCUGAAUCGCCUUCAAGGGUUGUGUUUCUACAAAAAGUGGGGAAAUGGGGACUGGUAGAAAAAGGAAUUGGGGAGAGGAAGAGAGUGGUGGCCUAUGAGAGAAGAAUUAGGGAAGAGAUAGGGGACUUCGCUUCACACCAACUUGGAUCCACUCCAAGCCACUUUGUUGAGAUUCUGAUUCCUGUAAACAAGAAGAACAAGAAGGAAAGCUUCCAAGAGGAGUUAGAAGAGCGUAUAAUAUCACUUAUUGCAUCAUUAUUUGGCGGGAUCUUGAGGGGUUCGAGAAGAGAAAGAUUGUUAAGUAAGUUUGUGGAAAAUGAAUGCGAGAAGAUUGACCGCCUUAUGGAACUUUAUGUGAGAUAUUCAGAUAGAGUCAAAGCAGAGACUGAGCGGCUAAACCGGCUUGAAUUUGAUGAUUUGGAGAUGGAUGAGGAAGAGCGAUACAAUCGGAAACUAGAAUCUGGGCUAUACACUCUUCAGUUAAUUGCUGUAAUUAUUGGUCAUAUUUGGUCUUCUGAGCACCCUAGGAUGAGAGCACGAAUUGAACUACUGCUCAAGCAGCAGAAAUUGACAAAGGAGGAUGUGAAGGAUAUUCUUCAGGAGUACCAUGACAACAUUGGUGACAUCGAUGGGCCAGAAGACAAGGAGCGUGCUCAGUCAAAGAUUCAAAGAUUUAUUGCGGCAUUUUGAGCAUUGUUCUUCUGAGGGAACUAUUCUGAAGCCGUUGAGAGAUUGAAGUAAAUAGACUACUUAUUAGCAGGUAGCAACAUUAGCCAAAGCUAUUGGUCUAGUAUGAGUCAGAUAUCAAAAAGAGGAAGAGAGAAUCUGGUGCAUACAAUGCAAGAGUCCUCAUCUUUUGUACAACUUUUAACCUAGGAAAUUUCUAAGAAUCAUAAUUUUGAGCCACAUCCUUUUUUUUUUUUUUUUUUUUUUUUUUUUUUUCAGUCUUUAGUCUUGAUGGAAAUUUAUUUACACGACCAGGAUAAGAAAGUAGCUUUUGUUGACGAUACGCCACCCAUGUUUACCUGUCAAACUUUGUGGGAUAAUUUAACUAAAUGGUGCAUCAUCAAUAGAUUUAUAGAUUUUCUUA